AUGAAUGAAAUAGAUCUGAUAAAAGAGGUUGAAAGACGUCCGAUACUGUACGAUAAGUCAGUGAGUGGUUUUAAUAAAACAAAACUAAGGGAUGACGCUUGGAAAGAAGUGCAAGAGGCUCUUAACGUGUCGGAAGCGGAAUGCAAGAAGCGGUGGCGUUCAUUGAGAGAUUCUUUUAUCAAAUUGCAAAGGACCCACGGCGGGAAAACUCGCUGGCCUUAUUUACACGCCAUGCGGUUCCUGUUACCUCACGUCGAACCAAAGAAUGAUGCACAAACGAAACGAGAAACUUCGGAUUCGGAACCGGAAGAGGAAAUACGUCACCGUCCUGGUCAUUCGCUGCCGGAUCUAUCAUAUCAGGAUUCCCGACCGCUUGAUGAAGACGAAGACUCGCAACCGGCGAAGAAGAUGAGACUCAAUUCCACAGAGGACGAUCCGUGUCAUUGCAACCGAACAGAUCCAGACGAACUGUUCCUAUUAAGCUGCGCGCCGACAUUAAAACGGCUCAAUUCCAAGCAAAACGCCGUAGCUAGACUGAAAAUCCAACAAGUCUUAUACGAAGCGGAGUUCGGGAGUCAAAUGGAGCUUCCAUACGUAACGCCCGCCAGCGACUGCGGCUACGAAAACACUGACAAUUCCGCCGAAUAA